UUUGAGAAGUUGUUGUGUAAAAUUUUUGCUCUCUUCCUUUCAAAUCGACGACGACGUCUGUGUGAGAUUGGAAUCGCGUCGCGUUCUCAUUCUUUGUUUCCCUUUCGUUUUCAAACGUACAAAGACACACCAGCCAGCUAAAAAGGCCAAUUUGCGUUAGAUCCAAGGAGAGAGAGAAAGCGACGUAAUAGAUUUUCAAGCAAAUUGUUCGAACGAUCGAGGAAGGUACAAAACCAUGGUGAUCAUCAGUUAAGAGCCAUUGUGGGAGUAAGAGCAGAGUGAAUCGAAUGGAUAAGAAGAAGAAUCGUGCUGAUCCACUCGCUGCUGGGCGACAGAAGCUUCAACAGUUUCGUCAAAAGAAGGCUGACAAAAGCACUGAUCAUAAAAAGGACCCCAAGGGCAGUACAAGCCAAGGAAAAUCCUCCAAAAAAUCUGGUAAGAAGCAUGAGCCUAAACCUGACACUGGUGGUGUCAGUGACGAGGCAGAAGCUCCGUCUGAUGUGGCUGUAGGAGGAGCUUCAUCUCAUGUGAAUAUUGGUGAGGAGGCUGUUGAUCCUCCACCGACUUCUCUAAAUGCAGCAGCUAACAGUGAUGUUUCAGCUGACACGCUUCAGCCAGGAAACACCACAGCAACUUCUGACACUAAUGGUGUCAGUGACGAGGCAGAAGCUCCGUCUGAUGUGGCUGUAGGAGGAGCUUCAUCUCAUGUGAAUAUUGGUGAGGAGGCUGUUGAUCCUCCACCGACUUCUGUAAAUGCAGCAGCUAACAGUGAUGUUUCAGUUGACACGCUUCAGCCAGGAAACACCACAGCAACCUCUGACACUAGUGGUGUCAGUGAUGAGGCAGAAGCUCGGUCUGAUGUGGCUGUAGGAGGAGCUUCAUCUCAUGUGGAUAUUGGUGAGGAGGCUGUUGAUCCUCCACCGACUUCUGUAAAUGCAGCAGCUAACAGUGAUGUUUCAGUUGACACGCUUCAGCCAGGAAACACCACAGCAACUUCUGACACUAGUGGUGUCAGUGACGAGGCAGAAGCUCCGUCUGAUGUGGCUGUAGGAGGAGCUUCAUCUCAUGUGAAUAUUGGUGAGGAGGCUGUUGAUCCUCCACCGACUUCUGUAAAUGCAGCAGCUAACAGUGAUGUUUCAGUUGACACGCUUCAGCCAGGAAACACCACAGCAACUUCUGACACUAGUGGUGUCAGUGACGAGGCAGAAGCUCCGUCUGAUGUGGCUGUAGGAGGAGCUUCAUCUCAUGUGGAUAUUGGUGAGGAGGCUGUUGAUCCUCCACCGACUUCUGUAAAUGCAGCAGCUAACAGUGAUGUUUCAGUUGACACGCUUCAGCCAGGAAACACCACAGCAACUUCUGACACUAGUGGUGUCAGUGACGAGGCAGAAGCUCCGUCUGAUGUGGCUGUAGGAGGAGCUUCAUCUCAUGUGGAUAUUGGUGAGGAGGCUGUUGAUCCUCCACCGACUUCUGUAAAUGCAGCAGCUAACAGUGAUGUUUCAGUUGACACGCUUCAGCCAGGAAACACCACAGCAACCUCUGACACUAGUGGUGUCAGUGAUGAGGCAGAAGCUCGGUCUGAUGUGGCUGUAGGAGGAGCUUCAUCUCAUGUGGAUAUUGGUGAGGAGGCUGUUGAUCCUCCACCGACUUCUGUAAAUGCAGCAGCUAACAGUGAUGUUUCAGUUGACACGCUUCAGCCAGGAAACACCACAGCAACUUCUGAUAGUGGAGAUGAACCGAGAAAAGAAGUAGCGAAUUCCGAAAAUGAUAUCAGCGUAGCAUUGUCCACGGAAGAAGGGAAUGUGAAGAGUAUCGACAUUGGAGCGGCUGGCGCAGUAGAUUCUUUGACGUCUGACCCUGCAGAUACCGAGAAGAGAGUUACUCAUGUGGAUGUUGGUGAGGAGGCAGAAGCUCCGUCUGAUGUGGCUGUAGGAGGAGCUUCAUCUCAUGUGGAUAUUGGUGAGGAGGUUGUUGAUCCUCCACCGACUUCUGUAAAUGCAGCAGCUAACAGUGAUGUUUCAGUUGACACGCUUCAGCCAGGAAACACCACAGCAACUUCUGAUAGUGGAGAUGAACCGAGAAAAGAAGUAGCAAAUUCCGAAAAUGAUAUCAGCGUAGCAUUGUCCACGGAAGAAGAGAAUGUGAAGAGUAUCGACAUUGGAGCGGCUGGCGCAGUAGAUUCUUUGACGUCUGACCCUGCAGAUACCGAGAAGGGAGUUACACAUGACGAUGCAGAGGAGUCCCUUGUGGCCCUACGAUCUGAGUUACAAAAGAGAUCUAAUGAACUUGAACAAUCAGAACAGAGGUUAUUAUCUACUAGAGAGAAGCUUAGCAUAGCUGUUGCAAAAGGAAAAGGUCUGAUUGUUAACCGUGACAAUCUCAAGCAGUUGUUGGCCGAAACCUCUGCUGAACUUCAGAGGUGCUCAGAGGAACUGAGUUUGAAGGACACAAAGCUUAAGGAAGUAGAAGUAAAGCUUAAGACUUAUACAGAGGCAGGUGAACGUGUGGAGGCUUUAGAAUCUGAGCUUUCUUACAUCCGAAACUCAGCUACUGCACUUCGAGAAUCCUUUCUUCUCAAAGACUCUCUGCUUCACAGAAUUGAAGAAAUUUUGGAAGAUUUGGAUCUCCCAGAGCAUUUUCAUGCUCAAGAUAUACUCGACAAGGUGGAGUGGCUAGCAAGAUCAGCUAACGGCAGCUCUUUACGCCCCUCUGAUUGGGAUCAGAAGGGUUCUGAUGGAGGUGCUGGAUAUGUUCCCUCUGAACCCUGCAGGGAGGAUGGUCAAACUGGCACAAGUUCUGAGAAUAACUUAAGGAUCAAAUUCGAGGAACUCCAAGGGAAGUUUUAUGGAUUGGCUGAACAUAAUGAAAUGCUGGAGCAGUCCUUGAUGCACAGGAAUAAUUUAAUUCAGAGAUGGGAAGCGCUCCUAGGGAAUAUUGAUAUGCCUCUACAGCUGAAGUCCAUGGAAGUGGAAAACAAGAUCGAGUGGCUUGCAAGUACAAUAUCAGAGGCUGCACAUGAGAAGUAUACUCUCCAGCAGAAGAUUGAUAACCUUGAAGUCUAUUGUCAAUCACUAACUGCUGAUUUGGAAGUCUCACAAAAGCAAGUAAGUGACGUCGAGGCAAAUCUUCGAUCUGUUGAUCAUGAGAGGAUAAGUCUUUCUGAAAGAUUUGAAACUCUGAAUGGGCAUCAAGAUAAUCUUUCUGCGAGGGCCACUCACCUUGAAGUUGAGAAUGAGGAACUGAAGAAUCAAGUUAAAGAUCUGCAUGGAAAAUUGGUUGAGAAACUUGGGAAUGAAGAACAACUUCAGACUCUUGAAGGAGACCUAUUGAGUUUGAGAGACACGAUUACUGAUGUUAUAGAGGAAGAUGGCUUGCAGGAUUUGGCUGUAGCAAGUAAUUCUGAGACCUUGGAUGUACUUCUGAGAAAGCUGAUAGACUAUUAUAAGAACUUGGUUAAAUCUAGUUUGCCACGUGAAAGAGAUGAUAGCUUCUGUGAAACUCGUUCAUCAAAUGCUGAUGUUAGAAGCGGAGAGUCAUUGGGUACACAUGAAGCAACUUCUCAUGGGCACCAUCCUGAAAAUAUAGUCGAAGCAGCAAGUAGAGACAUAACAGUGGUAGAGUCGCCUGAUGUAGCUUCCCUAACAAAAGAUCUGGAUGAAGCACUGCGUGUUCAGAAGCUGGUGAGGGAAGAAAGGGAUUUGUACAUGGAAAAACAGCAAUCCUUGAUUGCUGAAAAUGAGGCACUUGAUAAGAAAAUCAUAGAACUGCAGGAGUUCCUUAAACAAGAAGAGCAGAAGUCAGCUUCUGCAAGAGAGAAGUUAAACGUAGCUGUCAGGAAAGGGAAAGCUUUGGUCCAACAAAGGGAUAGCCUGAAACAAACUAUUGAGGAGAUGAACGCUGAGCAUGGUCGCCUAAAAUCAGAGGUUAUCAAACGAGACGAAAUGCUUUUGGAAAAUGAAAAGAAAUUUAGGGAGUUGGAAUCUUACACUGUGAGGGUAGAAGUCCUAGAGUCCGAGUGCCAAUUGUUGAGAAAUCAUUUGCAAGAAACAGAAAAUAUUCUGCAGGAAAGAAGUGAUACGUUGAGCAUGACGUUGAACGCGUUGAAUCACAUUAAUAUUGGUGAUGAAGGUGACAGAUAUGACCCUGUUCUGAAGCUUCAACGGAUCUCGCAACUGUUUCAGAAUAUGAGUACUGCUGUGUCUUCUGCUGAGCAGGAAUCAAUAAAAUCUAGAAGAGCAGCUGAGUUACUACUUGCUGAGGUGAACGAGGUUCAAGAGAGAAACGAUAGUAUGCAAGAGGAGCUAUCAAAAUGUACCUAUGAAAUUGAGCAACUUUCCAGAGAGAAGGAUGCAGCGGAGGCUGCAACAGUUGAAGCCAUAUCACGUUUUGAAAAUUUGUCAAUGGUCAACAUUGAAGAAAAGAAGAAGCUAUGUGAUCAGGUGUUGUCCGUUGGAACUAAUGUGAACAGUCUGAGGAAAAUAGUCGCAGGUACAAACAGUUGCCUAGCUGAUAUCUUCACCAUGAAUGAAGAGUUUCUGCAUCAUCUGAAGGCAAAUAUGGAAUCAUGUGCAAAGCAAACUGGUACUAAUUUGUCUGGCUGGCCUCAAGGUAGCAAAGGGAAUUUUGUAGACAAGGAAAUCUUUUCACGCUUGAGUGCUGCCUUGUCCAACGUCAACUUGCAUGAAAAUUCAAAUGCUGGAAACAUUACGGAAAUUUGUGGUUCUCUCUCGCGAAACCUUGAUCAGUUUGUGGCAGAUGUUAGCCAUCUCGAAGAGAAUGUAAGCAAGCACUUGGCAUCAUGGCAAGAACAGGUCAACACUGUAUCCACCAGUAUUGAUACCUUUUUCAAGUCAAUAGGAACAGGAACAGACUCAGAAAUUGCUGCUUUGGGUGAAAAAGUUUCCUUGCUUCAUGGAGCAUGUUCCAGCGUGUUGGCGGAAAUUGAAAGCCGUAAGGCCGAACUGGUUGGAAACGACAAUUUCAACAUGAGCCUCCAUCAAGUAGAAGAGGAUUUUUCGUCCAUGGAGUCUGUCAGGGCCAUGGUAAGUAGGGUAUCAUCAGCCGUUAAAGAGCUUGUUGUAGCAAAUGCUGAGACUGUGGAAAGAAAUGAAAAGGAGAUGAAGGUUAUCAUUGCCAAUUUGCAAAGGGAGCUGCACGAAAAGGACAUCCAAAAUGACAGGAUGUGCAAUGAACUUGUGGGUCAAGUUAAGGAAGCCCAGGCCGGUGCUAAAAUCUUUGCAGAAGAUCUUCAAUCUGCAAGUGCCCGGAUGCAUGAUAUGCAAGACCAGCUGAGUAUUUUGGUGCGGGAACGGGAUUCUUUGAAGAGGAGAGUAAAGGAGCUGCAAGAAGGGCAGGCCUCACAGUCAGAGUUACAGGAGAAGGUCACAUCGCUUAGCAACCUUCUUGCUGCAAAAGACCAAGAAAUCGAGGCAUUAAUGCAAGCGCUUGACGAGGAAGAGUCUCAGAUGGAGGAUCUGAAACACAGGGUUACUGAAUUAGAACAGGAAGUGCAACAGAAGAACCUGGAUCUGCAGAAAGCUGAAGCUUCUCGUGGGAAGAUUUCCAAAAAGCUAUCAAUUACUGUGGAUAAGUUCGAUGAGCUCCAUCAACUCUCUGAAAAUCUACUUGCUGAAAUCGAGAAACUUCAACAACAAGUGCAAGAUCGGGAUACCGAGGUUUCUUUCUUAAGACAAGAAGUCACUAGGUGCACUAACGAGGCUCUUGUUGCUUCGCAGAAGGACACUAAGAGAGAUUCCGAAGAGAUCGAAGCUGUACUGUCUUGGUUCAACACAAUAGCUUCACUAAUUGGUCUAGAAGAUUCACCUUCCACCGAUGCUCAGAGUCACGUAAACCUCUACAUGGAGCCACUUGAAAAAAGGAUAGCGUCUAUGCUAUCUGAAAUGGAAGAGUUACGGCUGGUGGGACAAAGCAAGGAUUCGUUGCUUGAAGCAGAGAGGAGUAGAGUGGCUGAGCUCAGACAGAAAGAAGCAGCUCUUGAGAGAAUACUACAUGAGAAGGAAUCGCAACCAAACAUGUCAACGUCCGAGAUCGUUGAAGUGGAACCUCUGAUAAAUAAGCGGACGACAAGUGGAGCAUCGAUCCCAUCUCAAGUUCGGAGUUUGCGUAAAGGAAACAACGAUCAAGUCGCCAUUAGUAUAGAUGCAGAUCAACCUGAUGAAAGCCUGAGCUUAGAAGAUGACGAUGAUAAAGCUCAUGGAUUUAGAUCGCUCACCACGUCAAGAGUCGUUCCAAGAUUCACAAGACCAGUGACAAACAUGAUCGAUGGUUUAUGGGUAUCGUGUGACCGGACGCUUAUGAGACAACCUGCAUUACGGUUAGGGAUAAUGAUAUACUGGGCCAUACUGCAUGCUCUUUUGGCUAGUUUCGUCGUCUAACGAAAACUUUUAAUCUCGUGGUUUAUUCGCUCUGGAGCAGGCUCAGAGUGGUCACUAUAUGUUUUUUGUUGGUCUUGCUAUUCAUUGUUUAGCUUUUUAUUAACCAAGCAAACGGUGGUUUCGCCAUUUUUUUAUUGAUCAGAAUCACAUGCUGCUUGGCUUUACAACCGAAUAAGUAAAGAGUUUUAUGCAUUAGCUGUUGAAAUAUAUUAGACAAAGACUAUAUAUGAUUGUUCAUUUUUUCCC